AUGUCGCAUCCUUGUAAUCCUUCACUCGACUCCUUGCCAGAUGUUUUCGUCGAUUCUGGAUCAUCGUGUAACAGGCAAAAUUCAAAGGCGCCUAGCAACGACACACCCGCCGAUGGUUCCCUCGAAAGCCGCGGCCCGGGCUCUGAUGUGGAUAGCAGCCUGCCUACGUUUGAGGAUAUCGUAACCGCGCCUCCAAAUACGCCUAUGAAUUUGGAAUCUCAAUCAAAGACGAGCAUCUCGGACGUCGACGACUCGUACAACACACUCAACUCGCGUACCGUCAAGCUUUCGAGACUCUCUGCCGAACUUUACGCUACUCUUGCUCCGUCUUAUUCCCAUCCUCCUACAUCCAAUCACGUUCAGGCUGGUCUGGUUCGACUGCACAAUCUCGGAGUGGAAGAAUACGAUCGUGUCGAAACUUGGAGGUACUAUGUCAACCACGAGAUGAUCACAAAUCCGUCGCUCAUGGAACCCAAGCUAAACAUACCAAACGACGAAGCAUAUUCAUCGCCAGUGAACAGCUACAGCGUCUUUGACGACUUUUCAGAUAGUACAUCGUGGGGCAAUGAAAGAAAGAUGGGUGAUAGAAGUUCUACGCCGUUUGAAGUGGCAGAAGGCGCAAGCAGUGAAGAAGAGAAUCGACCGUGGGGCAUGUACAGCGGCAAUGGUCAUGAAAUCGAACCUCAUUGGGAAGCACCAAAGCCCAAGUUUCUGCAAAGACUCUUCCAAUCGGUCGCUCAGCAAUAG